AUGGCUAUGACGCCAGAAACUUCGGACUCCUCUAUAUCAGUGGAGUCCAUCCGACUCAUCCAGGAGCCGAUCGCAGUUGUUAGCAUGGCGUGUCGACUACCUGGACACAAUGAUUCUCCUCAGAAGCUAUGGGAGUUUCUGAUGCAAGGGGGUGUGGCAGAUACGAAGGUCCCGACAACACGAUUCAAACUGGAGGCCUUCUAUGAUCGGUCUGACAGGCCGAGAACACUGCGCUCUCCCGGCGCCAUGUUCAUGGAGUCUGUGGACCCUGCAAGGUUUGAUGCGCCAUUCUUUAGUAUUUCAGCCCAGGAGGCAACGGCCAUGGAUCCUCAACAGCGUAUCUUACUCGAAGUUAUCUAUGAAGCCUUGGAGAAUGCCGGUCUUACUCUGGAGUCCCUGGCGGGCCAGAGAUAUGGUUGUUUCGUCGGAGGCCACACUGGAGAUUACUGGGAUGUGUUUGCCCGGGAUCCAGAUUCAAGGCCGGUGAAUGCGGGUAUAGGUGGCUCGGGAACAAUGUUGAGCAACCGCGUCAGUCACUACCUUGGUAUUACAGGUCCUAGCAUGUCCCUCGAUACCGCAUGCUCUAGCUCGUUGGUGGCGUUAGACAUGGCAUGCAAAUCCCUUCACAGUAGGGAGAGUAACGGAGCUGUCGUCGCGGCCACCAACCUCGUUCUGCAUCCGGAAUACGGCUGUGACGCUGGGCCGAUCAGAAACACCCAUUCUCCAACUGGGCGUUGCCACACCUUUGAUGCUAAAGCAGACGGAUACAUCAAAGCAGAAGGGGUUAACGCAGUGAUCUUAAAGCGGCUUGACGAUGCCAUCCGGGACGGAGACCCAAUCCGAGCGGUAAUCCGAGGUACGGCGAAUAACCACAGCGGUCGAACACCUGGUAUUGCCUCGCCGAGCGCAGAGGCUCAGGCAGCUGCGGUGCGGACGGCGUACGAAAAUGCUAACAUCACUGAUCUGUCCCACACCUCGUACGUCGAAUGCCACGGAACCGGGACCUUAGCAGGAGACCCGGUUGAGGUGACUGGUGUCUCCUCGGUCUUUGCAUCAUCACGGGCUUACGACAGGCCACUGCAGAUCGGAUCGAUUAAAAGCAACAUAGGCCAUUCAGAGACUGCAGCAGGUUUGUCUGGCUUAAUGAAAGCCAUCAUGAUCUUAGAGACCGGAUUCAUUCCGGGAAACCCGACUUUCGAAACGCCUAAUCCCAACAUUGACUUUAGCGGCUUGAAGGUAAAAGUGAGUAAAAGUGUUGCACCUUUCCCCGAAGAUGUGCCGUUUCGACGGGUAGGAGUCAACAACUUUGGAUUUGGGGGCAGCAACUCUCACGCGAUCUUAGAAGAGCCAAGAGUGGUUCAAUUGGAUUAUUGCCCAACACACAAAACGUCCUACAUAUCUCCUGGUCAGGACUAUUUAGUGGAAGAGCCUUCCAAGCAACCUUAUAUCCUAUGCUUCUCAGCCAACAGUGAAGACUCUCUCAAGCGAUAUAUCCAGAAAAUUGCUCAGCAUUGCGCCAGCCCAAAUGUCCACCUCAAUGUCCAAGAUGUGGCCUACACGCUCGGCGUGCGCAGAAGCAAGCACUUCUACAGGGGAUAUCUUAUAACCGACAGCCUGAAGCAUCUCGAUCCGACAACGGUGGUAUACGGCAAGAAAAGUGUGAACACCAUGAAUGUGGGGUUUGUCUUUACCGGUCAAGGCGCACAAUGGCCACAGAUGGGCUUAGGACUGCUGACAUCAUUUCCUGUCGCGAGGAGCUGCGUGGAGAAACUGGACGCUGUUUUGCAACGUCUAUCCAACAGGCCGAUAUGGUCAUUAUAUGAUGAACUGACAAGGCAAUGUAGCCCGGAUCAUAUGCGAAACCCCGAGCUAAGUCAACCAUUGGUCACUGCAUUGCAAAUAUCAAUCAUCGAAGUAUUCCGAAGCUGGGGAAUCUCACCUACAAGCGUUGUCGGUCAUUCCUCGGGGGAGAUCGCAGCGGCGUACGCGGCUGGUUACCUGACCGAUGCCGAAGCGAUCAUUAUUGCAUACCAUCGUGGCAUGGCCUCCCAGAAUGGGCGAGUGAGCAAUGCCACCCCCCUUGGGAUGCUCGCGGUGGGAUUGGGUGCAGAGCAAGUCAUGCCUUACAUCGCUGAGUUGGAAGGCGUCGAGAUUGCAUGCUACAAUAGCCCUGCAAGCGUGACAUUAUCCGGGCUUCUUCCGGUGCUCGAGAAAGUGAAAGCCAAAUUCACGCAGGAUGGCGUGUUUGCUCGAAUGCUACAAGUAGAUCUAGCGUACCAUUCGACAUAUAUGGAGCCGAUUGGCGAAGUGUACGAAACUCUGCUCAACCGUGACCUCCCGUCAAACGCACAGCGACUCCCAGCACCAGGCGACGCCACAAUGUUUUCCUCAGUCACGGGAUCCAAGCAAGAGAGGCCUCCGGACCUGGAUUACUGGAAGAAGAAUAUGACCUCCCCCGUUCGCUUUGUGGAUGCGGCUCGUAGCAUGUUAUGCGAAAAAUCUUCCGUAGCGUUGCUGGUCGAAAUCGGGCCUCAUGGUGCGCUUAAAGGACCCAUAACACAGAUCCAAAACACGCUCGACGGGGCAGCAUCGAGGGUUCCUUAUCUUUCCGCAUUGAAUCGGGGAUCUGAAUCAAUCCAUAACAUACUCGCGGUUGCCGGUCAACUCUUUCUGGCGGAUGCUCCAAUAAACCUUCAGCGAGUUAUUGGAGACGCGAAUGGAACCCGCCCAAUGGUGAUCGUGGACCUGCCAAACUACUGCUGGGACCAUUCUACGCCAUAUUGGUUCGAGACGCAAACUAGCAAGGACUGGAGAUUUCGACCGUUUAUCCACCAUGACUUGCUUGGAAGUAAAGUCCUCGGCACAUCCUGGCUCCAUCCAACGUUUAAGAAAACCAUGGAUCUCAGCCAUCUCCCAUGGUUAAAGGACCAUCGAAUCGGGACAGACGUCAUAUUUCCUGCGUCAGGAUAUAUUGCAAUGGCAAUCGAGGCAAUGUACCAGACAGGCUGCAUGCGCGAACCAAGCCGCCCAUUCCCCUUGCCCAACGAACUUGGCUACCAGUUGCGCAAUCUCCGAUUCGAUGCAGCGCUUGUUUUGGAGGAAGACGUGCAGUGUGAGAUAUACCUCACGAUGAACCCAUUACCCGGAGGGAGCGGCAAUUGGUCUGAGUUUUCAGUGUCCUCCACUAGGGUGGGUGCCACUACAAGACAUGCAACUGGAUUAAUCCGGCUCCAAGAGCCCAUUGUUGACCCAGCAGACGAAGCAGACAUUGCGCCAUUGCAGCACGCCUCCCCUGGGCAUUUAUGGACAAAGGCCUGCGCCGAGCUGGGAUAUCACUAUGGCCCAGCAUUUCAUCUGUUAGAGAAAGUGGAAUCGCGUGCUGGGAGGCGAAAUGCCCGCUCAUUGAUCACACUAGCCGACCCUCCUUCCGCUCAUGAUCCUCAGUCUUUGUAUCCAGUUCAUCCUGCCGCGUUAGAUGGUGUAUUCCGGGCCACUAUACCUGCAGCUACCGCUGGAGACCGCAGCAGAAUGUCCGAAACCCUGAUCCCUGCUAUGGUCGAUGACUUGAUUAUCAACCCCACCCGUAGACCAACCACGGGCAUAGCUGUCGCUUCCAGCUAUUACUCUGGGCGUGGGAGAAAAGAUACUGACAAAAGCUAUCUUGGAAGAACUUCGGUGUAUGACCCAACUAGUGGUGCUUUGCUGAUUCGAAUGACCGGAUUAUCGAGCCAUAAAAUUGAUCUAGGAGUUGAUCCCAUGGCUCGACAUACCCUCGCUCAUGAUGUCCUAAAGCCGGAUAUUUCCACGUUGAAUGAGGAGGCUAUCAAACAACUUGGAAAAGUGCACAAGAGCAUGACUGCAUUGCUUCUCAAUUUAGCAGUGCAUAAGAAGCCCUCUCUGAAGGUUCUUGAGAUUGAUCUUGGUGCUGGUGAACUCGCUAGCCUGUGGCUUGAGUCCCUAGAGAUAGCCGAUGGCUUUCAGAAUCAAUACCGUUACAUGGCUUGGGAUGCAGCAAGUCUCUCAGAAGUGGAAUCCAAAUAUCGAGAAAAAGGAAACACCUCAUUCCAUCUCGUCGAUGCCAAAUGCAGCCGCUUGGGUGUUGAGAAACAGGAGCAAUUUGACUUGAUAAUAGUGAAGGCUGUCUCGCCGUUGCCGAAAACGUCAUCCUCGGCCGUACAGGCUGUGAAAGACUUACUCUCGCCUGAUGGUUAUAUCCUGGCCAUUGAUUAUACGGAAGCAUGCCAUAUGACUUGUGGAGGUUGCGCUUUAAUUGACGAGAUUCAGAAUACGGAAUUUGCAAGAGUGCUCCCCAUUCCAUCUGAACGAUCGGCAGCCUUCUUAUGCACACCACUAGUAGUCCCAGACUGCGCUCCUCAGUCGGAGAAUCAACUUCAUGUCGUCUAUAUGAGAGAGGAGAAUGUUCUGCCGCCGAUAACAAAACAAGCUUUGUCACAGGCUGGAUGGCAUAUUACUGAGCAUGGAUGUCCGACGCUAAAUGUGCCUGCUGGUGGUCUGACCGUAAUUAUUGAUGAGUUUUACUCACCCCUUCUCACACACAUUACCGAGGCACAAUGGCUGUGCCUCCGCCACCUCAUUACAAGCGGCUGUAAGCUUCUCUGGGUAACUCGAGGUGGCCAUAUUUCCGCCUCUGAGCCUGGUAGCGCGCUAGCUGCGGGGCUCUUCCGCUCAAUUCGAUCAGAAGAUCCCGCUGCCGCACUAAUGACACUGGAUAUACAAAGUCAUGAGGGACCAGAGGCAUUGGCCUGUCUCCCUGUAGUUCUCCACCAGCUUCAGAUGCGCCAGGCUGGUUUGGUGACCGAUAAUGAAUAUGUGGAGCAAGAUGGUAUCCUGCAUAUCCAUCGGGUUGUGCCGUACAGUCCUCUGAACCAUGAUGUUCAAUCGUGGAGAGAUCAAUAUAUCCAGACAACACUAUCCACUGAUGGGCCCAUCACACGUCUAGUAGCCGAGGAUAUCGGUACGUUAGACGGCCUACGCUUCGUCCAAGUCCAAGACGACCCACUCCCUGACAAUCAUGUUGAGAUUGAAAUUCAAGCCGCUGGUCUAAAUUUCAAAGACGUCGCUGUCACGAUGGGUAUAGUGCCCGAGAAUGAGCAUCUACUAGGUCUGGAGGGGUCAGGCAUAAUUCGUCGGGUUGGACCAAACAUUAGUGAUAAGACUCUAGUCGGAACUUCUGUCGUCUUCAUGGAAAAGGGAGCGUUCGCCAACCGUAUUCAAGUCCCGUUAGACUUCACACAUCCUAUUCCCAACACUAUGUCCUUCACCGAGGCAGCUACGAUUCCAGUUGCGUUUUGUACGGCGUUCUACUCCUUAUUCGAUAUGGCAGACCUCCAACGCGGACAGUCCGUCUUGAUUCACUCAGCUUCCGGGGGUGUUGGCAUUGCCUGCAUCCAGUUGGCCCAAUAUGUUGGAGCUGAGGUCUACGUGACUGUUGGGAGUGAGGCAAAGCGACGGUUCCUACAUGAAAGAUAUAAAAUCCCUUACAAGCGCAUGUUCUCAUCCAGAUGCUCGAAGUUUGCCACAGAGAUCAUGAAGGCCACCGAUGGAAAGGGAAUCGAUGUGAUCGUGAACUCGAUCACGGGGGAUUUACUAGAUGCCACAUGGAGAGUAUGUGCUGCUGGGGGCAUCCUGGUUGAGCUUGGCAAAAGAGAUAUGGUAGAGCGCAACAGUCUAGCGAUGGAACCUUUCGACCGGGGAUGUUCCUUCCGUGCUGUAGACCUGUCACAUCCAAAACUGUUGCGAAAAUUGCCCAGCCUCCUUCGCCGUGUCUUCAGUCUUGCGGUUGAGCAUCAUAUUCGGCCUAUUGAUCCAAUUACAACCUUCUCUAUUACACAGGCUACCGAAGCAUUUUCUUAUAUGCGGAGUGGAAAGCAUAUCGGGAAGGUUGUGAUUCAUGGCAUGGCUACGACGGAAAAGCUAACAGCAUCUGUACGCCCUCUGCGCGAGGAUAUAAAAUUUAAUGCCGGAUCUGCCUAUCUCAUUGUAGGCGGUCUCAAAGGCCUAUGUGGUAGCUUAGCCUUACACCUAGCCCAGCGAGGUGCCCGCCAUUUGGUGGUGAUGUCCCGUGGCGGAUGUGCGGAUCCUCGUUCACAAGGUGUCAUUUCCAAUUGUCAAUCUCUCGGAUGUCAUGUACACGUCUGUCGCGGUGAUGUCUCACGAAUCCUCGACGUGCGACAGGCUUUUAUGCGAGCACCCGCUCCCAUCAAGGGUAUUGUCCAGGGCGUGAUGCUCCUGCGUGAUCGGCCCUAUGAGCUGAUGACAAUUGACGAGUUCCACGAAUCUAUUGGGGGAAAGGUGCACGGUACAUGGAACCUCCAUAAUGUCUCCGUCGAAAAGGACCUUCAACUAGACUUCUUCCUCCUACUUUCCAGCAUCUCGAGCGUGGUUGGGAGCCCUGGCCAAGCAAACUAUGCGGCUGCCAACAGCUUCCUUGACUCUUUCGCCGGUUAUCGAAGAUCGCUGGGACUUGCCGCCCAGACGAUUAACUUGGGUGUGGUGGAAGAUGUUGGGGUCGUGGCAGAAUCGGAUGACUUAUCUCGGCGUCUUGAAGGCUCAAAGGAGUUGGUCGGCAUCCCCGAACGUGUGCUCCAUCGUAUGGUAGACUAUUCACUCCGGCAGCAGUUUCUUCAGUAUACCCGCCAGCAAAAUUCGGGGCAAUCGGAAUUUCCAACCCGACUCAUCACUGGACUCGCGGUGCCUCAAGAUCCAACUCUAUCAGGCCUCCGAUUCGAUCCUCGCUUCCGUGGACUUUUCACCGGGAGCCCGAAUUCCAAUGCCAAUGCGGGAAAAGGGGGCGACGAGCUCAGUGCCGCACUCCAAUCGUUUCACGCCAGCAUUCGCUUUGGUGCAGCGGCCGAUGAGCUGCACGAGCUGUGUCUAAGCAUCCUAGCCACUCGACUGGCGCGGAUGUUGCGCUACAGUGCAGAGCAGCACAUUGAGCCCGGGCAACCGCUGUCUGUGUAUGGGCUGGACUCCCUCUCCAUGGUGGAGCUGCGUAAUUGGAUCAAGGCCCAGAUGGGAGCCGAAGUGACGACGUUUGAUGUCCUUAACGCCAAUAGUUUGAUUAUGUUGGCGCAGCGUGUGGUAAAUAAAUUGCGUCGUGAAUAG